AAACCUCCCAGAGCAGGUGACGUCACCGAUCCACACACCCUCCUUUAACUGUUUGGAAAACAGGCUGCGAGAUGUGUUGAAGAUCCAGACAGAGGGACCAGCGAGAAGUGCCGACCAAGGUAAGGGCGAUACGCAGCGUGAUGUCUAAACCACAAAUAAAAUAACUAUUGACGAGAAUUAAACAAGAUGACGCUACUAAAAGCCCGCUGAAAAAAAAAACCCAAAAAUUUAACUUUAGCCUUUUUUAUCUUUUUGACAAAUCUGUGGUGUCCCAACUGUAACAAUAAAGCAAAGAAAUAAAAUUAAAAAUGGAAAAUGUAUCCAACACGAGCAACUCAAGCAGUAUAUGUAGCCAUCCUAUGGAUUACUACUAUUAUAACAGGACCGAUUCAAAUUGCACAGCACCUGGACAGUUCUACUACCCAGAUUUCUAUGUUGUCCUGCCAGUGAUUUACUCUGUGAUAUGUGCAGUGGGACUAACUGGCAAUACCGCUGUCAUCUAUGUGAUCUUGAAAGCCCCCAAAAUGAAGACGGUCACGAACAUGUUCAUUCUGAACUUGGCCAUAGCUGACGACCUGUUCACCCUCGUCCUGCCUAUAAACAUUGCCGAGCACCUCCUGCACUACUGGCCCUUCGGGGAAGUGCUGUGUAAACUCAUCCUUUCCAUUGAUCACUACAACAUCUUCUCCAGCAUCUACUUUCUUACGGUGAUGAGCGUCGAUCGUUACCUGGUAGUGCUCUCAACGGUGAGGUCCAAGAGAAUGCCCCACCGCACUUACCGGGCAGCCAAAAUUGUGAGCCUGUGCGUCUGGGUGCUGGUUAUCCUGAUAGUCAUGCCUUUCACCGUCUUUGCUGGGGUUUAUACUGUCCCGGAUUACAUGGAGAGAAAAAGCUGUGCCUUGAGCUUCCCCAGUCCGGAGAGCUUUUGGUUCAAAGCCAGCCGGAUAUAUACCCUCAUUCUAGGCUUUGCUAUCCCUGUGUCGACAAUCUGUAUCCUGUACACGAUGAUGCUUUACAAACUGAGAAACAUGCGCUUGAAUUCCAACGCCAAAGCCCUAGACAAAGCUAAGAAGAAGGUGACCGUCAUGGUCUUCAUCGUGUUAGCGGUGUGUUUAUUUUGUUGGACGCCUUUCCAUCUCAGCACCAUAGUUGCUCUAACCACCGAUUUGAGGACGACUCCUCUUGUGAUCGGGAUCUCCUAUUUCAUCACCAGCCUGAGUUACGCUAACUCUUGUCUUAAUCCUUUCCUCUACGCGUUUCUGGAUGACAGUUUUAGAAAGGCUUUCAAGAAAAUGCUGGAAUGUAGACCUGCGUGAAUGUAAUAAUUGUAUUGUUUGCAGUCUACUGUAUUGUAGAAACCCUGUUUGUUUUGGGCACUUGAAUAUUCACCCUCCACUACGAUAUAUUAAAUAGGGGUUUUGUCAUUGCUGUCGUUAUUUAUUCGUUUAUUUAUUGGUAAGGAGGAGUGAAACUCUAAUCAUAUCUGUAACUUUUAUUUACCCGCGUUUCCAAGUUAUGGAUUUUGCUACCCUCUUGCGCUUCGUGGCGGUAUGAACACUUGGAAAAACCAAUGUGAAAAUGUAAAGGGAACAACAAAAUAAACAUUUCGGUACAAAGUCAAUGGCUAAGAACGUAGCUUUAAAAACGUAUUUUCACUUGCACACUGAAUGAAACUAUUUUUGUAAAAAUUCUGUAGAAAUGUAAAUGGUUGAAUUGUAACAUUUUAUCUACCGUUUAUUGUACAUACAGAAUGCUGAGUGUUGCAGAGCUUUAGUGUUUAGCCACAUUGUCUUCAUAUGAGUAGAAAGAUAUGAGUUAUUCCUGUCGACACAGUAUUUUUAUAGCGUACAAAUUUGUAUAAAUAAAAUGCAGCGAUUCGCGCUUUAUUUGUAUUGCUUUAAAAGUGAAUUGCUUAAGACAUUUUAUGGUCUCAUCAUGAAGCUGGAAAACUCCUGUCACACAGGUAAAAAAAUAAGAUUGGGAAUUUUCCAGCAAUGGGCUGUACAUUUAAUAAAAAGAUGCAAUGGCAUGAUGUUCAAACUGUAAUGGAAAUUUCUUGUUUUAUGUAGUAUUUAUUUUAAUGUAUUUAUUUAGUUUGCUAAGAAACAAGUGGUGCCAAUGUGAAGGACAUUGUGUAAAUGGAGCUUCACUGAUGGUAUGUUAAAAUUAUAAUCAAACGUAGCAACUACUUUAAAAUCAAUGCACUAAAUUAAUAUGCUGCUUGCCACAUUGUGUAUGUUUUGAUUGUUUUUGUAUAAUCUGGAAAAAUAAAU